AUGUGGUCAAAACUACCUCUUGACAACCGACAGGAUAGUGAUCAUGGCCUAGUUGUUCAGGAGACGAGAGGAGCAACUUCAGACAUUUCCAACGACCAGGUUGUCACACCACCCACUACGAGCUCCACUCCCAUUGCAGCCAAUGUGGCCAAACUAACUCACGAUUCUCGACAGGAUAGUGAUCAUUGUCUUGUUGUUCAGGAGACGCAAGGAGAAACUUCAGACAGUUCGGACGACAAUGCCGGCACACCAUCAACUCCGAGCUCCAGGCCCACUGCAGGGAAUGUGGUUAAAACUACCUCACGACUCUCGACAGCAUAG